UGCAGCCUCUGCCUCUAGGAAACUCCUCGACCUGCACUUGUCACAAGAUGUGGGUUGUUUCUUGUUGGGAAGUUGGCUUCAGUACAGACUGCCCUCAGACAAGUAAGGCAACCUGGAAGGUCAAGAUGGCACUGGUGUCUGAGUUCUUGGGCCAGCUUACCCUCAAUCUGGGUGGGAGCAGCGAGCCCAAAUACCCGACCGUGGUGCCUUUUCCUGACUUUGACCCUGACAAGGAUGCUGCCAGAAUAGAGACUGCUAUCAAAACUAAGGGGGUGGAUGAGCAGACCAUCGUUGACAUUUUGACCAAACGCAGCUAUCCCCAGCGCCGUGAAAUCGCCUUUGCCUAUGAAAAACGAGUCAAGAAGGACAUGAUCAGCGCUCUGAAGGGGGCGCUGUCCGGCUCCCUGGAAUCUGUGAUUCUGGGGCUAAUGAAGAGCACGGCCCAGUUCGACGCCACGGAGAUCAGGGCUUCCAUGAAGGGUUUGGGAACAGAUGAAGAAACCCUGAUUGAAAUGGUGUGUUCCCGCAGUAAUGACGAAUUGAUGGAAAUCAAAAAGGUCUACAAGGAGUUGUUUAAGAAAGAUCUGGCGAAGGACGUGGCCGGGGACACCUCGGGGAACUUUGCGAAGCUGCUGCUGGCCCUGGUCGAGACCAAAAGGGAUGAACCCAGCAGUGUUGUGGACUAUGAAAAGAUUGACCAGGAUGCCAGAGCCUUGUAUGAGGCUGGCGUGAAGAGGAAAGGAACAGAUGUGGCCACCUGGAUCUCCAUCAUGUCAGAGAGGAGUGUCCCCCACCUGCAGAAAGUUUUUGAAAGGUACAAGAGCUACAGCCCCUAUGACAUGAAGGAGAGCAUCAGAAAAGAAGUGAAAGGAGACCUGGAGAAGUCUUUUCUCACACUGGUGGAGUGCUUUGAAAACAAACAGCUGUACUUCGCAAGCCGGCUAUCCGAUGCCAUGAAGAGCAAAGGCGCCAAGGAGAAGGUGGUGACCAGGAUCAUGGUGUCUCGCUGUGAAGUUGACCUCAUGAAGAUCCGCUCUGAGUUCAAGAAGCAAACGGGCAAGUCGCUGUACCAGACCAUCGCGGAGCACACCAAGGGAGACUACCAGAGGGCCCUGCUGAGUCUCUGCGGGGGAGAUGACUAGAUCACACCUGUGGUGUUCCUCCGUGGGCAGAUGCUCACAAGUGUGUGUCCUCUCCUCUGCUACUGCUGAGGGCAACCGGCGACACACAUGAGCGCUCGCUGUGGCCUUAUCUCCAUAUCUCCCUGUAGACACAACAGUAUUACAGCUUUUACUGUGUUUCAGAGCUUCCCCCAGAUUAUCCCAACACUAAGAUUCUGAAUACUGGUAACUGGUAUUUGUCAUUUUUUGCCUGGUAAAUACAAUUACCGUAUGAAAUGCCA